AUGGCGGAAGAAGUGUCCUCAACUAGCUCCAAGCAGCCAGGCUUUAUCGAUUCCGAAAAGCAUGGCGAUGUCGUUCAGGUCCAGUCGUACUACGAUGAGGAUGGGCCCGUCGAGUUCGAGGAGAAGGCUGAGCUCAGGCGAGGCCUGUACCAGCGUCACAUCCAGAUGAUCGCCCUGGCUGGUGCUAUCGGUACAGGUCUCUUCCUUGGCUCAGGCAAAGCCAUCGCUCGUGGAGGUCCAUUGGGCGCGCUGCUCGGAUAUACAUUCACCGGCAUGCUCGUGACUGCUCCUGUCUUCUCCGUCGCCGAGAUGAGUGCUCUGGUCCCCUUAUCGGGAGGUAUCAUCCGACACGCCGAAUACUUCGUCGACCCGGCCUUGAGCUUCGCCAAUGGCUGGAACUCGGUAUACAGCACCAUGGUGUCCUUGCCAGCUGAAAUCGUCGCCGCAGCGGUCAUCGUCGACUUCUGGACCACUAUCAACAACGGCGUCUGGAUCACUGUCUUCGGUGUGCUGCUUGUCCUCAGCAACAUCAUCCUCGUCAGGAUCUAUGGCGAGCUUGAGUUCGGAUUCGCAACGCUCAAGAUCAUGCUCAUCAUUGGCCUGAAUAUCAUGGCCCUCGUGGUCGUUUGUGGCGGUGGUCCCGACCAUACAGCAUAUGGCUUCCGAUACUGGCAUAACCCUGGACCUCUUGUCCAGUAUCUCGGAAUAGACGGGUCGUUAGGGCGCUUCCUCGGCUUCUGGACAGUGUUCAGUAAUGCCGUCUACGCCUAUUCUGGUGUCGAGAAUAUUUCUGUGGCCGCCGCAGAGGUACACUGCCCUCGCCGGGCCAUCCCCAUUGCGGCUAAACGUAUUUUCUGGAGAGUCGGAAUUUUCUAUGUGCUGUCGAUUUUCAUGGUCGGCCUGCUCGUGCCAUCGAACGAUCCCGACCUCCUCAGAUCGACUGGAACGGCGGCCCAGUCACCAUUCGUUAUCGCCGCGACCCGGGCUGGCAUCAAGGUCGUACCAUCGAUCAUCAACGCCGUAGUUCUGACCAGUGCGUGGUCUGCCGGGAACUCAGGCCUGCUCAAUGGCUCAAGAGUUCUGUACGGUCUCGCCCGUGAGGGGCGUGCGCCCGCCAUCUUCAAAAGGACGAGUCGUUUCGGCAUACCCUACGUCUCCGUAGCGUUCCUGAGCCUGUUCAUCUGCCUGGGAUACAUGACACUCUCCAACACCGCUUCAACCGUGUUCGGAUGGUUCCAGGAUCUGGUCAGCGUGUCAGCCCUGGUCAACUGGACCAUCAUCUGCACCGUCUACCUGCGCUUCUUCUACGCCAUGAAAAAGCAGGGCAUCAGCCGGGAUCGUCUUCCCUGGAAAGGCUACGGCCAGCCAUACCUCGCGUGGGUCGGCGUAUUCGCCUUCAUCCUCCUGCUCCUGACUGGAGGGUACACGACCUUCAUCCACGGACAAUGGGACACCGAGACCUUCGUCUCAUCCUACAUCAACAUCCCCAUCAUCUUCACCCUCUACUUCGGCUUCAAGUUCAUCAAGAAGACCAAGAUCAUCCCGCUGGAUCAAGUCCCCGUGAUGAAGUUCAUUGAGAUCGCGGAGAACAAUCCUGAGCCACCGCCGAAGCCGGUGACGGGGUGGAGGAGGUUCAAUGUCUUGUGGAGCUGA